AUGUCCUCGACUUGCACUGGGUCGACCAGCAAUCCCGUAUUUUCUCUUACCAACCAACUCUUUCAAGAUGUUGGUGUUGCUUCAUCUUCGUGGAGUAUGCAAACGACAAAGCAAAAGGACACAACAAACUCUUUUCGUUCCACCUCAGACUUCGAAAGAGCAUGGCAAAAAGAAACAGUUGAGUUCGAUGAAUGGAACAAAUUUAUUCAAUCAAGCGAGGUUGGAAAUGAUCGGUACGCAACAGAAUUUAUGCAUUCCGAGCAUGCGAUUGACGACGACGAAGAGUUUCGGCAAGAGUGGAAAAAAUCUUUAACCCAAGAGUUUCUAGAAAGUGCUAUUCACCAUAGCGCACAAUUUUCACAUGGAUAUUCGGAAUUUACGGCGACUAGCAUUUCUACACAAAUUACCAAGCACAAUGAUUUACUUCAAGCCCAAUUCUAUUUCUUUGAUCAUCUACUGUCAAACGUCUUAUCGUACCCAGUGUCCAUCACAUGUAGACCUUCGUCAAAAUCCGAAUGGAAUUGGACCAGGUUAUUUUCCCCGUCGAGAUGGAGUGAAAAAGAAGAUAAGGAUGAUGAAAUACCCGAAGAUAGAUAUCUAAAAAAUGUGGCAUUAGGAAGGUUACAUCUUUUGUUUGGACAUCUUAGUGUCAACUCUGGUAAUAAAGCAAAGGCAGAAUGGGAACGUGAAUUUCACGGAUCAUGA